CUCUUUUUAAGCAUUCAUGUAACAGUCAGCCUGUCAGUCAGUCAGUCAGCCAGGCUGCUGCAUCCUGGGCUGAGUCUGUGGUAGCCUGCCUGCAGCCCAUCGUGCAUGAUGAAAGCCCACUGGUGGAGCUGUGUGCUGGGAUUACUCUGCAUGCCUGCUGUGGUGAUACUCAACCCCUGGACAGUUUCUCAAAACCCCUUGUCCAUCUCUCUGAUGAGAGUAAACUCAUCUGCUGAGAUCACAUGCUCCACAUCGUUGUCUGAACCGAUGGGGCUCUACCUGAACCGGCGUUUCCAUGGUGAAGGGGACAUUGUGUACCUAGCCUUGCAAAACAGACUGGUCACCAAGAAUACGACGUCUGCCAAAUUUAUAGGCCGGAUUCACGUGACUCCUAGCUACGGUCCUAGCUACGGGUUCACUUUGCGGCUGUCUCUGCUGGCGUUGGAUGACACAGACUUGUAUUACUGCACCUGGAGUCACUUCAAACCACAGACGGCGACGCGAGAGACCCAGUCCAGCAAUGGCACCAUUAUCAUUGUCAGAGAGAAGGAGCCCCAGGAACAAUGCAAGGACCACAUUGAGGGUCUCAUCAUGAUUUCCUUUAGUGUGACAGCUGUCGUACUGUUUCUCUUCACCGGAGCGCUGAUUUUGAUUUUGAGACGCAAACGAUUUAAAAGGCACUUCAGACCUGCCAGAGCCAUAAAAUCCACCAGAUAUAUCAGCCCUCAGCAUGUCUGUCCUCAGCACAGAAUUCAGCAUUGUGCCUACUUGAACCCAUCUGCAAAUACUUUGGACUUCAGGGGCAUUCUGUAAUCCAAAGAGUUUGUGCAAAGAUGGUGAUCAGAGAUGAGGAUUCUUUGGAAAACUGUGUGUCACCUAUGCAGUAAAUCUAUUGCACGGAGGGUUUGUAAUACACGAUUAAGGUGUCUUUUGUUUCAGCCGCUCGUAAUGUGCUCAACCCAUGAAAGGCGUCUCACCUCUUGUUCUGCCUUUCAUUUUCUUUCAUACACAAUUUGUUUUUUCUUUGCAGAAAAACUGACUGAGCUACCACAUCCUGGCUGAUGUGGCGUGUAAGGCUGUUUCGUACGUGAACAGUAUUGUUUAAAAGAAAACAAACAUUUUUUUUCUUUUUUCUUUUUUUAUUCCUUGUGGUGCAACAUGUUUGCUUGACCUUUUGAGUAUUGCUACAUGUUUAAUGUAUUUUUUUCCAUUGUGUCUCAUAAAUAGAUUUUGAACUUUCAAACAAAUGUGAACCACAGUUGUCUCCCUGACUAGAUAUGUACAUUAAAUCUUAGCUUUUUCCAGUUUUGUUUUUCCUUUGAAGAGUCUUAAAAUACUACCAAAAAGUCACCACUUAACCCCUUAUCCUGGAGGAAAAAGAGAAAAUCCAUCUAAUUUUUUUUUUUUUUUGAUAUCCAGACACAAAAUAGUCAUAUGUGAAGGUAUUUAGAUUUUGCACAAAACAAUGGCCCUCAUGGGGUUUCAAUGUUUUGGCUUACUGGCCAACUUUGAAAAAAUAAUCAAGUGUUAAUAGCUUUUUCCUCAUCUUUCCAGCCCUUCCUCAAUGCUUGAGAAUAAAUGCUUAAAAAGCCAAUACACCCCUAUAUGUGUCACUCCCCAAACAAUUGAUCCCUGUGUACUUUGGCUUUUAGUUUAUGCCUUUUAAAUGGAUGCUCAUAUGUAUCACCUGACACACCUGCUAUAAGUAAGACAGGAAAUACCUUGCAGAUCUGUUUGUGUGGAUUAAGCAGGUAUUUUUGAGUGAGCAGUCAAUGUCAGCACAUGUUGAUCUCUUUAUAUAAAAAUGAUAUGCAAAAAAGUGAGUAGUUGUCCUAAAUGUUGCAUAGUUUUUUGUAGAAAUAUUUUAAAGUUGAAGCAUGAGCUCGCCUUAUGUGAUCUUUUUAGCCAUGUUCAUG